AUGCCGGGCCACAUCAAAUUGGAGUCAGUCCUCGGUUUGACGGUGAGCAGCAAUGCAGCACUCGACUGUGAUCCCAACUCCGAGUUCGUCGCAUAUCCAGCAGGAUGCACAGUGGUCCUCUACAACGUCAGAAAGAACCGGCAGACGCACGUACUGAAUCUCUCUCGCAAAAGUGUGACCUGCGUCUCGUUCUCGCACGAUGGACGGUACCUGGCGACGGGGGAAUGCGGACAUGCGCCGGCGGUGCGAGUUUGGGAUCUACAGGAUCCCACAGCGUCGGGUGCGGUUCAAAUUGCCGAAUUUCCUGGACACACGCAUGGCGUCAACUGUGUAGCGUUUUCGACGUCGUCAAAGUACCUGGUAUCAGUUGGAUCCCAACAUGACAUGAUAGUAAAUGUUUGGGACUGGCGGGCAAACCUCAAACUCGCUAGCAAUAAGGUGUCUUCACGCGUGAAGGCUGUCAGUUUCUCUGAGAACGGGAACUACUUCGUCACAGUCGGAUUCCGCCAUGUCAAGUUCUGGUAUUUGGAGUACUCGAGAAACGCCAAGUUCAAAGAACCAGUACCACUAAUGGGCAGAUCGGCUAUACUCGGCGAACAUAAAGACAACGAGUUCUGUGAUGUGGUUUGUGGAAGAGGGGAAUCUGCCGAUAGCACAUACGCGAUCACUCGAGGUGGUUUACUCUGCGAGUUCAACAGUCGACGACUAUUGGAUAAGUGGGUGGAACUGAGGACUUCAAGCGCAAACUGCAUGGCUAUCGGUUCCAAUUACAUAUUUGUGGGUUGUGCGGAAGGAAUCGUGCGCUGUUUCACACCUGACUCGCUCCAAUAUGUAACUACUUUGCCACGAACGCAUUACUUAGGCGUAGACGUCUCGCAGGGUGUAAAUAUCAAUCACAUGUACGCGAAGCCAUCCAGCGCCAGAUAUCCAGAUGCUGUUGCUUUGACGUAUGAUGAUAGGAACUACAAACUGACCUGCGUCUACAACGACCAUAGCCUUUACGUUUGGGACGUUAGGGAUAUCAGACGGGUUGGCAAGUCCCACUCAGCGUUAUACCACUCCGCCUGUAUUUGGGGCGUGGAUAUGGUUAGCAGCGCUGGUCCUCUGCCUCCCGGAACUUUCCUCACCUGUUCCAGCGAUGACACCGUCCGUUUGUGGAACUUGAAGCCCGAACAACCUAAUAUUUAUAGUAAUGAAUUGAACAAGGUAUUAUACAUAGAUCCGGAGCUAAAGUUCCUCAAGGACGUGGACCUGACGGCGACCAGUGAUCGGGAUAAGUCUAAGACUUAUGACGAUAAGAUUGGAGUCAGAUGUGUCCGUGUCUCGCCCUGCGGCCGACAUAUAGCAGCCGGUGACCGUGCUGGGAAUAUUUGGAUCCACUCGUCCACGGGGAGCGGAACGCCUGCGCAUACACUUGAAGCGCAUGACGCCGAAGUUCUGUGCUUGGAGUAUUCGGAGCGACCGCGGCUUUUGGCUUCCGCUUCGAGGGAUAGACUGAUACACGUUUUUCUUGUUGAUAAGGGUUACCAAAUCCUACAAACGUUAGACGAGCACUCAUCGUCUAUAACAGCUGUGCGUUUCCUUAGUUCGAGCGGUGGACUCCAGAUGGCGUCUUGCGGAGCUGAUAAAACUAUACUCUUUAGACAAUUGAAUACGAUGCCAGACGGUAGCUAUCAGUUCGCCCGUGGUCAGAAUGUAUCCGGUCGCACCACGCUUUACGAUAUGGAAGUAGAUGCUGGAGGCAGACAUAUACUUACCGCUUGUCAGGAUCGCAACGUAAGGGUGUACAGUGCUUCCCAUGGGCGACACACUAAGACAUUCAGAGGUACCACUGCGGAAGAUGGUACUUUGAUUAAGGUGGCGCUAGAUAACAGCGGUAUAUACCUGGCAACAUCUAGCACAGAUAAAAUACUGAGUGUGUAUGACUACUACUCGGGAGAGUGUAUGGCUACGAUGUAUGGACAUUCCGAAAUCGUUACUGGGCUAAGGUUUACGCCAGACUGUCAACACUUAGUAUCGGCCAGUGGGGAUGGGUGCAUUUUUGUCUGGCGAGUUCCGCAUGACAUGGUGGUCACCAUGAGGGCCAGACUGGCGCAACAGGCUAUUAGGCAGGGCAGGAAAGUGACACCAAGUAACGGAAUGUCCGGCCUUGAGAGUGAAACCGACUCCCACCUGGGAUCACCUCCAAGAGAACUACCAACUGAUGAUAAGUUCGCCCCACCUGUUGUACCUGACUACACGUUACGAAUAGGCCGCCUUCCAUCAUGGGCCAAGAAGACCUUAGGCGAUGAACUAUCAGUACCUGAAACUCCACCUGAACCGGCGGUUAAGGGGAAAUGGGCGACCAGGAUUAUGCCCUCUAGUGAUAAACGGGUCGAUUCCGACGGAUCGAAAGAUAGUUCUUUAGAUAGCGGUACAGACACACGGUAUAUUGAGAAGCGGCGAGAGCAAGGUGUUAAACAGAGACCGAAAUCCCUCAACUUGUCACAACUGCCUCGUGUCGAAGCGUUGUUCAGGAAUUUUGAUCGAAACAUGAGAGCCACGUACGAUAUAUUGACGAUAUCUCCGAGGGCAGAGAAGGUAACGAUAAGUAUUACGAAACCGCGAACUCAAGAGUCGCGUGUCCGACACCACACAGACGAUUCUUCCCUUGGCAGUCUCAAAUUUGAGGAUCAAGAGUCCACAGAACAUGAUGGUGAUGUUGAAGACAUAUCUGAUGGCGAAAGAACGUCCUCUUCUGAGAGGGGGAACAGACCUACUUAUUACCCAGGGAACGCCGACACAGAUACACCCAGCGAAUUCAUGGUAACAGCUAUGGACGCGACGGAGUUGAGGCAGUCUAUGCGUCGAUCCAAACGCUGGACUGGGGAAAAGCCCAGGCUGGAUCUGCCACCGACCACUUCCCUUAGCGGGUCACCACAUGAUUCUGAUGAUGAUGAGGUAUCAACGCCAUCUGGUGACAAUGCUGACAGAAAUCCUCUUUCUGGUUCCUGCGAGUCGAUAGAUACUGCCGGAAGACGAGAGAAAUACAUCAAAUCCGCAUUUGACAGUUUAAGCGGCGUAGACGUGGAUAAGGGAACAAAUGGAACUUCAGGAAACAAUUCUCUAUCAGCGAAGCACUUAUCUCGUGGUCCCACCGUCAGGCCGGAUCCGGAAGCGGUAAGAAAGAGGGAAGAACUCCAGAGAAGGAUAUUAGAAACGAGAAGACAGUUGGAAAGUGUGGCAUUCCGUUCAACCCUCAAAUCUAGUCAGUCAACGACUGAUCUAUCCUACAUUCCGGAAAAGGACGGGUCGAAGAGAAAUCGCCCAGUAUCAAUGGCUGUACCGAGCAAUUCCAGACCUUAUGGAUUCCAAAUCCCUAUUUUCCCGGAGGAAACCUUUGACAGUCUGUCUAGCAAUUUCUUCGAUAGUUUAAACUAUCAAAAUCUCGAUUACAGAACCAAAAACCCUUACGCCAUUCCCGCGAAUUUGAACCACAAAAUUAUUCCUGAAUAUUACGAAAAUCCUCCUUGCCUUCCGCCAAGAGUAAAAAUGGAUAAACAUAAUCCACAAAUAAAUAAACCAACUCAUAAAGAGCACGAAAAGGGUCAAGCUUUCACUGAUAUAAAAAAACCAAACUCGAAAGUGUUCAGCAGACUGUUUACUACCAAUGACGACCAGCCACCAAAAGUACCUCCAAGGAACUUUCAUUUAAAUUUAAAUGAAAAACCGCAACCGAAAACACGAAAGCCUAACGCUAGGAGCAUAUUUAAAAACUACAAAUCCUGCCCUGUGUCGCCCGUUUCUGAGGAAUGUAAAUGGGCCGACAAGGUACCGCCAUCCCAAAAUACUCAUGAAAAACCUACUAAAUCGAGUGAUACCAAAAAACGUAACUCUCUUAGCUUCUUUGUGGGCUUAGACAAAACGAAACAAAGUAGAAGCAUCGUCGACACGAUAAAAAGCGAUACAGAGAAAAUGAUAGCGGAAAUAACUAAGAAAUAUGGUGAUCUGGACGAAUUCGAACCUAAUUCGCGUGACGAUUUAGAUUUGAAACCUACAAAGGAAGAAAAAGACGACGGAAACUUUUCGUCCGAUUCUCUAGAAGAUUGUAGCUUGAGUCAAGACGCCAGUUGCAAAAACAAGUUGUAUUCUAAGAAAAUAUGCAAGAAGCAUAGCAAAGCGACAGCACCGAGACGGGCUAUAUCCAACUAUGAGAUAUACGGAACCUACGAGAAACCUAAGAUCCCCGCAAAACCUUGUAUAGAACAGAAAAGCUCUACACUACCUAGAAAUAUGCCUUCGAAUCUAGAGGACAUUAUGGAUGAAGAUAUAGAGAGGAACUUCUCUAUGCAUAGGUGCCAAAGUGUUCUAACUAAACGAUGCAUUACGAGAUCCAAUGAAUCCGUUCUGAGCGAUCAUUCGAACUGCUCGAGUGUAUCUAAUGAAAUUUUCCUCAAAUAUGGAAACGAGAUCGCGUUCCAACAAGCGAAGUUCACAGAUAGCCGAUACAAUCUGAGCGAGUCUCAAAAUUGCUCCUACGAGAAUAUCCAUGAACCAGAUAAGAAAUAUUUGGAAGCGCACAGACACAGCAGCGCUAGUUUCUUCCUAAACCAGAAGAAGUAUAUGAAAAGUAGCUGUAGUCAGGAGUCGGUACUAUCUGACGAGUUUCUCGAUAACGAAAACUAUUUGUCCCGUACUAAUUGCAACUCGUUGGAAAGCGUUUUAUCAGAUGAUUCCGAAUGUACGAAAAGUGCACCCCUAGAGAUGCUCUUUGAGGGGAAAAGGUUUCGUAGUAAAGUGCCCAAUAGCCAAAGCUGCUAUGAAUUUGACAAUACAUCUAAGAGUUAUGGAUCCAGCCCGAAUAAAGUACCACAAUAUUUGACCGGGUAUAUGCACAACAACUACUUUGAGAAAGCGUCAAGAAUGGAGUACAAAGAGCCGACGCCGAUAGUCGCACAAAAACCUCAGAUGCAAAAAGUUUACGGCUUUGAUAUACCCACAUCUGAACUCUCAGGACAUAAAACUGUGACUAGGUCGAAAAGCUUAUAUGAUUCAGCAUCAAAACAUCCACCUCCGCCACCCAAGAAUAUAGCUUAUUACUUCGAUGGAAGUGAUCUUAAACAAUACAGUGGUGAAAAGAAAGGAGUAGAUGAUAUACCAAGAUUGAAAAAUAACGAUUAUAUGGCGAGCACGAGUAAAUCAUUGCAACCGAAAUUUUCCGAAACACAGAAGUACAAAACCGAAAUGGAGGGAUGCGAGCCGAAAGCAAUGGUCAAAUCUAAAAGUUGUAGUUUCGAAGUUGUCUUAGAACCGGCGUCGAAACCGAACCCUUUGAAGAAUCUAAUGGAGAAACGCAAUUCGCACGUUCAAAAGAAUCUGGAAAAGUUCGAAGAACAAAUACGUAAAAAUACGCAGACUAAAGUUAAUAAAAACCAGCUCAAUAAAGAGAAAGCUAACGUAUCUAAGUACAACAACGCAACAAAGAGCCUAGAAAGAGAUUCCAGUCAAAAGAACAAUAAUAAUAAUAAUAACAAAAUUACGAUGGAGUUCGUCCCCCACAAACCUCCAAAGCCAAUGAAGAGAACUUCAUCGACAAAACUCAGUAACAGACUAAAGGGCAACUUUGAGAAAUCCGGACUCAGUUCUUCUAUAUCGUGUCAGUAUAAAGCUAAAUUAGACGGCCUGCAAAACAAAAAUUACAUUACUAAUAAGAAGAUGGGGGAUAAAAAUUCGAACAUUUUAGAUACGGAGGGUACUGAAAAAACCUUCGAUAUAUUUGUAAAGGAAAAAGAAAUAAAUGAUAAUAAAUGCGAAAUGCAGAUGGAUAGUCUCGAAGUAUAUGCCAUGCAAAGAAUGGAGAGAAGAAAACAAAUGAGUAUGGACUCCUUAGACGUCAGUGACGACAGUCACGAUUUUGCUAAAGACUCGCUCGACUAUUAUACAGAACAAGAUAACAAGUUUUUCGAUAAGCCCAAGAAAGAUUUCUCUAACUUUGAACACAUCAAAAAAGCACAUCAAACUCCAACCACAUCCAACAGCAAACAAACUGAAUCGAAAGAGAAUAUCGCGCCAGAUAACGACGUAGUGCAAAAGUACAAAUAUAUUGAACGAAAACUGGAAAUCAUCAAUAAACUUGUAGAAAUGGAGGAGCGAAAAAUUCUUCAAGAGAAAAUUCUAAAAGAAUUCCGCAUGAGGCCUUUGGAAGCGAACAUAAACGACGGCAAAGGGGUGGUCAAAGUUCUAUCGCAAAAGUUUGAGAAGUUAGCAACGAAACAGAGCACUGUACCCAACUUCGCUUCCUUGACGUUAGAGGAAGUAGCCGACCGCGAAAAUCUAGACAACAAAGAGAUCAAACGUAACUUGAGCCUUCCAGACAUCCUGGAUACGGAACAAAUAGGUUUGACGGUCGGUGGUGGCGAAACGUCGAACGACUGCGCUAAUAUUGCGCCUGAGCAAUUAAACAAUUCAGUUGUGAACUUGGAGCCAGCGAAACACUUACCGCAGCGAGUGUACAACGAGAUGGUAUAUCCGAAAACAGAUGUCCAUUUGGACAGCGAAAACUACGAAUCGUCCACGACCAGUUCUAGUUGUACCAAUUCGCCUAAACGCAUGUCCGUCUACGGUUUUAGUAGACCGAAGACGCCGUUUAGGAAGUUGCUUCGACACCCGACUCCUAGGCUUUACUCCGAUAGUCAGGCUAGGAUGCGUCCCCCCUUAUGUUCGGGGAAUGCCGUAAGGGGUUUAGCCAAAAAGUGUCCCGUUGUCCCGGUGCUGCCUUCGAAAUUUCCAACUCCAGGUGCGGUCGCAUGA